UGGGAAAAGGAAAAAAAAACGUCCUCAGAAAUGGAGGAACUCAAAAGGGAGGUGGAAAUGGACGAACAUAUAAUCCCGCUCAACGAAUUGUAUAAACUCCUAGGAACCGAUCCUAUAAUGGGUCUGAGUUCAGAAAUCGCUGAAUACAUAUUGGCUAGAGAUGGACCAAACUGUUUAACACCACCAGCCGAAACCCCAGAAUGGGUAAAAUUUGUCAAGCAACUAUUCGGAGGGUUCAAUGCACUUUUGUGGAUCGGUGCCGUUCUUUGCUUCCUGGCAUAUUGGAUACACUCGGUUACGUAUAGGGAUGUCCCUAAGGAUAAUUUAUAUUUGGGAAUUACACUAAUGAGCGUUGUCAUAAUUACUGGCAUGUUUUCUUAUUAUCAAGAGGCGAAAAGUUCUAGCAUUAUAGAAUCCUUCUCCAAAUUGAUUCCGCAGCAUACAAUGGUGUGGAGAGACGGUAAUAAGAUGGAACUUAAUGUUGAAGAGUUGGUAGUUGGGGACAUAGUCGAUGUACAUUUUGGUGAUAGAAUACCAGCGGAUAUACGCAUUAUAAAAUGUCAUGGAUUUAAGGUGGAUAAUUCAUCAUUAACCGGUGAGAGCGAGCCUCAACCUCGUUCACACGAGAAUACCAGUGAAAAUCCGUUGGAAACAAAAAAUCUAGUAUUUUUCUCAACCAACGCGGUGGAAGGAACGUUAAUUGGCGUUGUAAUACACACUGGCGAUAGAACCAUAAUGGGGAGAAUAGCAAAUCUAGCUGCAGGUCUUGAAGCAGGGCAAACCCCGAUCAAUAAAGAAAUUCAACAUUUUAUUCAUAUUAUAACAGUAGUAGCCGUAUUUUUGGGAUUCACAUUUCUUGUAAUCUCGAUCCUAAUGAAUCACAACUGGCUAGACGGGAUUAUAUUUCUGAUUGGCAUCAUAGUGGCUAAUGUGCCUGAAGGCUUGCCUGCUACAAUCACGGUAUGCCUAACUUUAACCGCUAAACGCAUGGCCUCUAAAAAUUGUUUAGUCAAAAAUCUUGAGGCCGUUGAAACUUUAGGCUCCACGUCUACCAUAUGCUCGGAUAAAACGGGCACUUUGACCCAAAAUAAGAUGACUGUGGCACAUAUGUGGUAUGAUGACAAAGUUUGGGAAGUCGAAACCUCCGAAAACCAAGGAGUGGUAAAGAAUCGAAACAAAAAUGAAACGUGGGAGGCUCUGGUACGAAUAGCAGGCUUGUGUAACAGGGCGUACUUCAAAUCUUACCAGGAUAAUGUACCUAUUAUGAAAAGGGAAUUCAUAGGGGAUGCAUCUGAAUCGGCUUUGCUAAAGUGUGUAGAGUUGACGUAUGGGAACGUAGAACAACUAAGGAUGCUUUAUAGAAAGAUUGCGGAAAUUCCUUUCAAUUCUAACAACAAAUACCAAGUUUCUAUUCACGAAUCUCCUAAACUUCUCAGACAUUUACUAGUCAUGAAAGGAGCCCCGGAGUGUAUUUUGGAGAGAUGCACUACAAUAUUGAUUGAUGGUAAGGAAGAGCUAUUAACGGACAAAAUAAGAGAAGACUACAAUAAGGCCUACAUGGAGUUGGGUGGAAGGGGUGAAAGAGUGCUGGGAUUUUGUGAUUUUUGGUUGCCCCUUGAAAAAUUUCCUAAAGGCUUUGUUUUCAACACGGAAGAUGUAAAUUUUCCUCUUGAAGGCUUCAGAUUCGUAGGUCUCAUGGCUAUGAUAGACCCUCCCCGGGAGGCAGUCCCUGAUGCCGUAGCUAAAUGUCGUGGCGCUGGAAUCAGGGUUAUAAUGGUGACGGGGGAUCAUCCAAUAACAGCCAAAGCUAUUGCUAAGCAAGUUGGCAUAAUAUCGAAUACCAGUGAGACUAUUGAAGAUAUAUCCGCUCGGUUGAAAAUUUCAAUCGAUAAAAUUAAUCCCCGCGACGCAAAGGCGUGCGUGGUUCAUGGCAGCGACCUUAAAAAAAUGAGCCCAAAAAAUUUGGACGACGUUUUGAGAUGGCAUACCGAGCUGGUUUUUGCCCGCACGUCCCCCCAACAAAAACUCUUGAUAGUGGAAGGGUGUCAGAGACAAGGAGCUAUAGUAGCUGUAACUGGAGACGGGGUCAACGAUUCUCCGGCUCUCAAGAAGGCGGAUAUUGGAGUUGCUAUGGGAAUAGCCGGAAGCGAUGUUAGUAAGCAAGCAGCUGAUAUGAUUUUGCUAGAUGACAAUUUUGCCUCGAUCGUUACUGGAGUAGAAGAAGGCCGUUUGAUAUUUGAUAAUCUCAAGAAGUCCAUAGCUUACACGCUGACGAGUAAAAUUCCAGAGAUGAGUCCUUUCUUGUUAUACAUACUUUUAAACAUACCUCUGGCCUUAGGCACAGUGACUAUUUUAUGCAUAGAUCUCGGAACUGAUAUGGUACCUGCCAUUUCUCUGGCGUACGAAAAAGGCGAGAGUGAUAUCAUGAAAAGGAAACCGCGCAAUCCGAAAUAUGACCAAUUAGUUAACGAAAGAUUAAUAAGUGUGGCCUACGGCCAAGUAGGUAUGAUUCAAGCUUUAGCAGGUUUUUUCACGUAUUUUGUUAUCAUGGCCGAAAACGGAUUUUUACCCAGUAGACUCCUAGGUAUCCGAGUUGCUUGGGAUUCGGCAGGACUCAAUAAUUUAUCAGAUUCUUAUGGCCAGGAAUGGACUUAUGCGAACAGAAAAAUCUUGGAACACACGUGUCAUUCAGCUUUUUUUGUAUCCACAGUUAUUGUGCAAUGGGCCGAUGUGAUCAUUUGUAAAACUCGGAUGAAUUCGUUAAUUCAACAAGGAAUGACAAAUUGGGUGCUGAAUUUUGCUCUAGUAUUUGAGACGGCGGUUGCCGCUUUUUUGUGCUACAUGCCUGGUAUGGACAUAGGGCUCAGGAUGUACCCUCUCAAAUUUUUUUGGUGGCUACCUCCUCUUCCCUUUUUUGCGUUGAUAUUUAUAUACGAUGAAGCCAGAAGAUAUAUAAUUAGAAAUGAGAGAGGUGGAUGGCUUGAAAGGGAAACUUAUUAUUGA